AUGACUACGGUUCAAAUAUUCCUGAGAGCUGCCCGAAAUUAUUAUGGCGUUCCGGUCCCACGAGGCCAGCUCGCACGAAUACCGGAGGAUGUUGCUCGCAUUGUCGAGGAGCUCGAUCCUGAAAGUGGACGCGGUAAGGGGACGUUCGACAAUGGUCUGAAAGGAGGCAUCCAACUUGUCGACAGCCCCAGCGCCGGAAAGAAGAUAGCCGAGCAGAUAUUGGGCCAUCGCCCCAAGACCAAGCAGACCACCGGCAACGGCCUGUCGGUAGACAAAGUCUACGUGGCAGAGGUACUCAUGUAUGACGAAGAAUGGUAUCUGGCCAUUGCUAUCGACCGUGAGAACUUCCGCCCGGCGGUCAUCAUCUCGAAAAGUGGUGGCAUGGACAUCGAGACCGUGGCCAAGCAGACCCCAGACGAGAUUGCGGAAGCCAUGUGGACGUCGUCUGGACACGAGGCCAGCCUUGGAGAGGCGCUCAACAAGAUGCACAAGCUCUUCAUCUCCAAGGAUGCCACACUGAUGAAGAUCAAUCCCUUAGUCCGUCACGCCGACACUCAGAGUUUUACUUGUCUCGACGCCAAGUUCUCUUUUGGUGAUGCCGCGAAGCCUCGGCAGCAGGAGCUCUUUGCUAUAAGGGAUCGAGACAGCGAGAGCGGUAUACACGGCCUUGUCUAUAUCCAGAUGGAUGGCUCAAUUGGUCAUGUCGUUAACGGCGCGGGCCUCGCAAUGGCCACCAACGACGCGAUUGCACACCACGGUGGCACCAGCGCAAAUCUCCUAGAUGCAGGUGGGCAGGCCACAACGGAAACUAUGCAGAAAGCCUUCGAGAUUAUUCGCAAGGAUGACAGAGUCAAUUGCAUCUUGGUCAAUAUCUACGGAGGCAUCAUUCGCUGUGAUAUGAUUGCGGAAUCAAUCAUUGGGGCUGCGAAGAAGAUCGGGUCAUUCCGAAUGCCCUUGGAAGACGCUCAUCUAGGGCUCCAUACUGAAGCUGAGUUUGGCGAGGCUGCGAAGAGGGCCGUAGAAUUGGCUGGGUCCGAUCUUUCAUAG